AUGAGGCUCGUCGUGACAUUACUAAUUUUAUCGUUCAUUAUCUUGUCGUUCAGUGCAAAACCGAAAAUUAAACCCAGGAUCGCCGGUGGCUAUCCAGCCAGACCUUAUACGAUCGUGUUCCUCGUUGGGAUCGUCUAUGCCAGAACUCAAUUGUCUGCACUUGAGUUUGGGGCCGGCACAAUAAUUUCGAACCAAUGGAUCCUCACAGUCAGGGGUGUCCUUAUGUAUCAGUAUAUUGAGGUCCACCUCGGCUCAAAGAGAGCGUACUGGGGCUAUGACAUUUUGAGGGUCUACAAGCAAAACUUUUAUUUUCACUAUGACAAAAAGCGCCAUAUUGCCUUGGUCAAGGUUCCGUAUCAGAAGUUCGACUAUCGCUUGAAUCGGUUACGCGUGCCACGCUCCGCAAAUGCUUUGGAACGCUUCGCGGGAGGAAGGACCGUGAUAUGUGGAUGGGGAAAUGCAAAAUCUGAUGGGGAGCUGCCCGAUUGGAUGCGUUGCACGAUAGUGAAGGUCAUAACGAAUAGGGAGUGCGCCAAGUAUUACCCCCCUUUGGAGACUCAUGAAAUGUGCACCUCCGGCGAAGGCGGCAAGGGUGUUUGUGACGGUGACUUUGGCGGCGCUGUGGCCCUGAUCGACGGCACUCCCACCCUGAUCGGGGUUAUACACCUUAGGCCCGACAACUGUUCCGGUGGUUAUCCAUCGAUACACAUCCGGGUCAGCGAUCACUUAAAGUGGAUACGGUCAGUAUCUGGAGUGUACAUCCCAUAAGCUAAGAAAUAAGAUGUAGUCAAUAAUUCAACUGGAACCAAAAAAAAAAAAGGAAUAAGUACAACAAAAAUUCUCCUUCCCUUAUAUUACUUUAUUAAUUAUAUUAUAAACCGUGGAAUCGAGGAAUGUACACGUAAAUUAAUUCGAUAGGCCCGAUCAUUUCUAGAAUUCUUGCUUACAAGAACUAAG